AGUUUCACUUCUCUGGAGCUCGAUUUAAAAAGCAGCGCAGGGGAGAGGGUGAGAGACUGAUGGUGCUGAAGUGUUUCUUUAACACACGGGAGUCCACACACCCAUAGCCAGCCGCUAUGGAUCCCGCGCGGGUUUUUCAUCUGCAACCGUGUGAUACCCCAACCUCCACUGUAAACGGGUACUUCUUCCAAGAAAGUGAUGAUAUGCAACCUGACCAUGAAGAAGACAGCAGCGAGGGUCGAGGGCUUGAGCCGGACAAAACCUACGAAACUGUAAAUGCGUCGACCAUGUCCGAUGACAGCCUCCGCUUCUACGUCAAUGUCAAUGUGGAAUUGGAGCCAAAUGCAGAUGAAAAUGACAAUGCUGGUUGUGUCUUGCUACAUACUUCCAGAAAAUACCUGAAGUUGAAGAACUUUGAGGAAGAGGUGCGAGCCCACCGAGACCUGGACGGGUUUCUCGCGAAGGCCAAAAUCCUGUUGGACGUGUCGGCCCUGUCGCUCGAUGAUGUUCUGCGAGAGAUGCUCAAGCACGUCGUAGAGGAGUCGGAAAACGCAGAGCCCAAUUGUGACUUUGACGAAGUCAUGACCGGAUUAUUCACUGAUUCAGGCACUUUGCAGGAAGGCAGCGUGCACCUCCUGUCAAACACAAUUCAAGGGGUCUCUGCAACAGCGACUGGUGUUCAGUACCAACAGUCCUGGCUCUGUCUUAUGUGCACUGUAGCAACACUCCAGGGACGACACGUUUGCAUAUGCCGAUUGGAAAGGCCUCAGAACUGGGGUGAGAAUUGCUGUGAGGUUCGCUAUGUUAUACUGAUCCUGGUGCCACCAAAAAUGAAAAGUACAAAAACUGCUAUUGAAGUCGGAAGAACUUUUGCCACAGUGUUUGCGGACAUGAACUUCCGACAGAAACUCUUGGAAGCCAAAACAAAGGAGGAGUUCAAGGAGACGCUAGUCCUUCAGCGACACCUGCUGACUGUGAUUCACCGGGAACCUGCCACCAAAGACCAUGCCAAGGAACAGGAAGUUAAACCCCCACAGGCUUAUGACUUCCUACGCAUGGGUAAGGGAAUGAUGGAAGACUUACGACGCAGGCUGCCAUUGUAUCUGUCAGAUUAUACUGAUGGUAUAAUUGGUAGCAAUAAAUCCAUCAGGAAGUACAUUACCACUAUCUUGUUUCUGUAUUGCAUCUGCCUGCUGCCAACAAUAGCCUUUGGUUCUUUGAAUGAUGAGAAUACCAGAGGAUCGAUUGAUGUGCAGAAAACCAUUCUUGCCCAGUGUAUUGGAGGAGUGGCCUAUGCAGUCUUGGCUGGUCAGCCAAUGGGUAUAGUCUUAACAACUGCACCCCUGGCCUUGUAUAUCCACGUAAUCCAGGACAUCUGCGAUGACUACAGUCUGAAUUUCUUUGCUUUCUAUGCCUGUGUUGGCUUGUGGAACUGCUUCUUUUGUGUCGUCUACGGUGUUGCUAAUUUAAGUUUAUUAAAGAAGUUUUUCAAAAGAUCAACUGAUGAAAUUCUAGCAGUCUUCAUAUCUAUUGCUUUUGUAGUGGAUGCUUGUAAAGGACUGGCCAAAAUUUUUCAGAGUUAUUACUUCUGUCCUAAAAUUCAGACGGACCACCUAGGGUGGGGCGAGGAGCUUGGCUCUACUUUUAACAGCAGCCCUACAAGCAAUGCUACAGAUCCUGAUGGCGAGGACUACUGUGGGCGCGACACUGCUGUCCUCAGUCUGCUACUAAUGCUCGGCACCCUUUGGCUGGGGUACACCUUGUUUCAGUUCAAGAAAAGCCCUUUUCUGCAUGCCAGGGUCCGAGAAACCCUGUCUGAUUGUGCCUUGCCGAUAUCUGUGGUGGUGUUUUCAUUUGUGGGAUCAUUCCUUUUUAGAGAUAUAAAGGUUGCUUCGUUUAGUUAUAAUCCCAAUAAGGGCUUAUUCAACCUGGCCCCAUUUCACCUCCUCUCAAUUGGAGCAAUAUUCGGUGGGAUGGGUUUGGGCUUCCUUCUCUCAAUGCUCUUCUACCUGGAACAGAACAUUGUGAUGUCAUUAACAAAUGCCCCUCAGAACAGGCUAACAAAAGGCACAGGUUAUCACUGGGACAUCUUUCUCGUGGGCAUAAUCAACAUUGUGCUGUCUAUUUUUGGGUUGCCAUGGGUACACUCUGCGUUCCCCCAUUCUCCUCUGCAUGUCCGUGCACUUGCCUGCGUAGAGCAGAGAGUGGAGAACGGUCAUUUGUAUGAGAUGAUUGUUAGAGUGAGGGAAACCCGUGUGUCAGCACUCGUGGCGCACAUAUUGGUGGGGAUUUCGCUUCUCCUGUUACCCAUUCCUCUACAGUGGAUCCCAAAACCAGUCCUGUAUGGGUUGUUUCUCUACGUUUCUGUGACCUCCAUCGAUGGGUGUCAGUUUUUUGAGAGACUGGCUCUUCUAUUUAAGGAGCAGACGUCCUAUCCCCCUACCCAUUAUAUCAGGAGAGUCCCACAGAGGAAGAUCCAUUAUUUCACUGGUCUCCAGGUGAUUGAGAUCAUCAUACUCUGUGGCUUUGGAAUGGCCCCUAUGCCGUACUUGAAGAUGGUAUUUCCUCCAAUCAUGCUCGCCAUGGUCCCAGUCAGAUCCCACAUCCUUCCUAGGAUAAUUGAAGCCAAGUAUUUGGAUGCGAUGGAUGCAGAACAUUAAAGGACACCUAGAUCAAGCGGGUGUACCUUGUGCACUCUGGAUCAUGGGAUGUGUCUGGAGAAGGGUUUUUGUACAAUGCUGCUUGAGGACCAACCAAAGCAGCUGGCACUAGAUGAAGACUGAGCUCCAGGGAGUACCAUUUUAUCCAAGCAAAGGGGCAGUGCCCAAUGUUCCUUUCACAUUAUGCUUUUGCACCAAACUUGAAAUGUCUCUUUGGAAAAAGGUUGCACAGUGGUGAAUGUGUCUGUGGUAGGGGGAGAUGGACCAUAAAAAAUGUUUCUCUUUGGUUAGUGUUCCUCCAGUCCACCCACCCAACCCAACCCCUUCCUUUUUAUUACUACCCAGACCUUUUCUAUUACAAGGAAUUGUGGAGGCAGUAUCUUGGUUUUGUAACAUCAGGACAAUUGGAUGGGUUAGUUUUAGUUUUCUGAAGCAUACAGUACUUAGAUCCUCCACACAAUCCUCAGUGUAAUGAUGUUGUGGGUUAUUGCUGCAGUUUAGAUGCACAUUAUGAUAGAUGGACAUUAUGAUAGUAUAAGUCCACCCACAUCCCCAUCAUAUGUACUCUUGUACAAAAGAGUUAAAGGGAUAUCUGUAUAUAUAUCGUGUGUGUGUGUAUAUAUAAUAUAUAUAUAUAUAUACACAUACACAUAUGAUAUAUAAUAUAAAUAUCUAUAUAUAUAUAUUAUGUGUGUCUGUAUAUGUAUUCCAUCUUGUAAUCAUUUUAAUUUUUUCACAAGUGUGUCUCUGAUCAGGGGCUAAUUUUUAUUUAAUUGUCCAAAACAGCCAUAAAUUGAGGCCUGUAUGCUUUGCUGAAAUUUGGCCGUGAGUUGACGACUGAGCUGGUCGUGGUGGAAUGGGGCGGGGGUGAGGAAGGGAGAGGGAUAACGUGCUCCUUUCACAUUACGGUCAGUGUAGUGCACCUAAUCACCCAGUCUGACCAGGAUCAACCCUUGCUCCUUUUGAGUUUCCCCAUACAUCCCCUCCAGCAACCUUCUUCAGUUCCCAUCCUCCUCCUCCUAAGGGUGAGGCUAUAAAGCAGAACUUGGUGAUGUGAAUAGUUCUCCAGUCACAACUUCUAUUCACACCGUGUGCAUGUGAGUUUCCUGGUGCAAUCUCUACUUGGAUAGAGUUGUAAUAUAAAUGGAUUGUAAUGUAAAUGUUUUGCUCCUCUAUCAAUGUUAUGAUUCAAACCCUGUCUGUGAUACUGUAAUAUAUAAUAAUGUAUUGGUCGCUUAUUUCAGAUGUUUCAUCUCGAAUGACAUGUAUUUGACAUCUGAUACUUGAGUGAAUAUUGCUGUCAGUGGAUCAGAAAAACUAAAAUUCCAGAGCUAUUUUCUAAA